AUGAAAAGGAUAUCUGAAAAUCUGAGCAAAGAAGUCGAGAGAAGACGUGCAGAAGUUGCCGAACUAUUCGAGCAGCGAGAAAUCGAAAAUGAGAUGGAUGCAAAACUCAAAGAGGAGGAAGAAAACUUUGACGUUGCCUUAAAGCUAAUGACUGCCCAAAUGGAAGAAAUGUCCAAUCUCGCCCAAGAGCAAGAGAGGUUGAUGGUUGAAGCUGCCAACGAAGAAGCUGAGCGAUUGAAGGCUUUUCAAAAAAAAUCAGUGAGCUACAAACUUAAAGAUGAAAAGGAAAAUUUAAAAAAGAGUCAACCAUCAGAAAUAUCUGACUCUUUUGUAAACAUUGCCAACAUGGAAGCAGAACAACAAAAUGGUAGCUCUAACCCUUUGGCCGAGCCAAAUGCUUCGGUACUUGACAGUAUUAAUGCUGAAGAUGAAGAUGAAGAUGAAGAUGAAGCAGAAAAAUUGGAACUUAGCUUUGAAGAUACGGAUAGUGCCGACGAAAAGGAAACAUUAGAGGAAGAACAGGAGAAUUUUGAAGAUCAGGCCGAGCCAUUUCGAGAGCCAGUAAAUGAAACAUCAGAAGAUGAAGUAUCAAGGAAAGAAACAGAUUCCACCCAGCUCAAUGUUAAAGUGAAUCAUACUGCUGACAAUUUUAGUAGUGAGUCAGCUAACAAGGAUAUCGACAAUUCAGCGGAACGUUUUUCGGAUGAUUUAAUCAACGCAUCAGCUGAACAGCAGGACCACACUUCCACUUAUUCGGAACAUUACUCGAGCUACGCUGAUGAGGAAGGAGCUGAUUCCGGUAUAGUUCAGGAGCCAAUUGUCAGCGAAAAGCCCACAGAGGAGUUGAAUGGUGAAAAUUCGAUCGACUCUUCUGAAAAGACAUCGGAUAGGGAUUCCGAAAAAAGACAAGAAUCUCUCACCGAUUCAGCAGGUGACGGAGAAGUCAGUACAGCCUUAAAUUUCUCUAGUAGUAAUGAAAAGGAUGAAGGUGACAUUAAAUAUGACUUAAGUGAAAACACAGAGGAGUCAAUGCCUAAGAAGGUUGACAAUGAUGAACAAUUUGAGCUCGUUGACAAGGAUGGAACCACAAGUAAACUACCACAAACAGAUGAUCCAAGUGAGUUUGUUGGCCAGACUAAUGAUGGGUACGAAAGUGAAUCUGCUGUCAAAGAUGAACCCACUUUUGAAACUCAAAACAAACAAAAACCAAGUAAACUUACUUCAAUGUAUGCAGAGGUUAAUGAACAAGAUUUCGACUCCGAACCAAGUAGUAAAGUUGCUACAUCCUCCACUACAAAUCCGAAUAUCACGCUGGAGAAGUCUACUCACACCGAUCUUUCUUCUUCCAACGUAUCCACAAUUCCUACUAUGGAAAAUUCUCACACAUAUACCGAUUAUGUUUACAUCGAAACAUCGAUUGAUGCACAUACCGAUAUUGAGAAAACAAUAACAGCAAAUACCGAUGUAGUAUCCGACUCAGUUCUAGCUAUUCCAGAAUAUACCACUACUUCAACUGAGAUUGAGAAAAUGGAAGUGGGUAAAGUCUCUAAUUUCGAGGACGAUGAAGUUUAUUUCAGCAAGCACUAUGUUCCUAUGACUUUGCCGUUGCUUCAUGCACGUGGAAAGGUGACUUAUCCUGAUAACUUCGAGCUGCUUCCUCCACUUGGAAAAGAAAUGAAGAGACUGAUUUAUGACGUGUUUAUUGAUUUCGAUGUCCUCCACAAAAAUAUUAUUGCAAUGAAUGAGUACAUCUCUGAUCAGUCCAACAAUAGUUUGAUUUUCCACACACUUGAAAAAUCUUCCGGAUUUAGUAACUUCUGGAGAUUUUUCGAAGUUGAAACAGUUCUGCAAGGAGUUGAAAAACAAGCUAAGGUUUAUAGUGACUUGGCAAGACAUUAUGCUGGAUUGGGUAUAGAUAGCAGCGCCUUGAAACAGGAUUUAUUUACUAAAUUCAGAAAAUUGUCAGAGUAUCAGGAUUCAUUGAACAAGCUGGCCAAAAAAGAAUCUGAGUUUAAGCGAUCUUAUUUGAAUUCCAACAGACCGCUUACCUUUGAAAAUAUUAAAACCCGUCGUAACUUGAGGGAAAAAGUCAAGGUCCUUCAAGACAUUGAUAGAACUGUUCAAUCGGAGGUACUAAUUCUAAAAAGUCAAAUCUACCCUGAGCAAAUUGUUAAAGAUGAUAGAUUAAUAAAUUCGAUUAUUUCUUCCUUGCAAAGCAACUUGUAUAGUCAUGCUGACACAAUCACAUCCCUUUUUGACGGGAUGAAAGAAUUAAAGGAGGUUGAAGAAGGACCGAAGGCGAUAUCAUUUAAGGAGGAAGAGAUCAGAAACAUUAGCUUAUCUGAAAUCACCAAGGAACCAACAACCAGAAUGUCUAACAUGCUCACCAGAAUCAGUGCUCAGAAAUCUCUAGCUCAUAUUUUGAAGAAUAAGGCUAAUAAUAAUAGGUAUAUUUCGUUGUAG